AUGGCUGAUCCUGAAACCGACAACCAUGAAGAACCGACAUUCCCCUCAAAGCGCAAGCCCGAUCAAAAAGACACCCACGACUUUCCCAACAAAAACCCCAAGAUAACAACUACCUUAAACGACAACAAUUCUCAGGAAUCCGAGGUUCUCACCACAACCAAUUCUUCUUCCGACGACGUUCCCGUCAAAGAAUUCGGCGGAGACGCUGAAGAAGACGACAAUGAGCCCGAAAACGACACUGACGACGAUGAUGACGAUGAAGACGACGAGGAGGAUAAUUCAGAAGGUGAGCGUGUGGUGGACCGGAAGGGAAAAGGGAUUUUGCGUGACGACAAGGGAAAAGGGAAAUUGAUUGAGGAAGAUGAUGACGACGACGAAGAUGAUGACAGUGAUGAUAGUGAUGACAGUGAUGAUGAUUCCGACGGCAAUGUGUCCGGUAGUGACAGUGAUUUUUCAGAUGAUCCACUGGCGGAGGUGGAUUUGGAUAACAUUCUUCCCUCCAGGACUCGCCGGCGACCGGCUUACUCUGGGGUGAACAUUUCUGGAGGCGCGGGGCAAUGA